GUAAACAUUGCAUUGUGUUUUUCUUUUCCAAAGUGUAAAGUAAAACUGUAGUACUUUUCUUACAACCAAGAAAUUUCUCAUUUUCAUGUUUCCAUACAUUAAAUUACUAAGGUUCUGUCGUGAGGUUAAAUAAAUUUAGUAAUCGACAUGGAAGAACGUAUUUCUACACCCAGAGCUGGCGAAGCAGCACUCCGAAACAUGAAAUUGUUGAAAAGUGAAAGCACAGUUUUCAAAAUUCCAAAAGUUCCCAAAAAGAAAACCAAACACAAGGCUCAAGUAUUAGAUGAAGAUGUUUACGUUGAGGGAAUUGCAAAAAUUAUUCAAAGGGAUUUCUUCCCUGACUUAGAGAAACUAAAUGCGCAAAAUGAAUUCUUGGAAGCUACUGAAAACAAAGACUAUGCGAAGUUACAAGAGAUCACCAGAAAAUACAGCGGGAGCAGACCACCAACAGAACCUUAUAAUUCACCAGCCACAUUUGAUACCCCAGGAGUGGACAGACUAGCCUCUCCAUGUGCACCAACAGUGAGAGAACAGAGACCAGACCCUAACAAAGAGAGCAAACAAGGAAAACCAAAAGACAUUACAGAUAAUCAUACUUUAGACUCAUUCCUAGCCAGUCAUACGAGUGAAGACAAUGCCAGUUACGAUCGUGUGAUCGCACUUGAAAACAAGAAGCGAGCAACCAAACUAGCCUCUCAGUUUGAGUCUGAAGUGAAGUCUAUAGCCCUGGCGGAUGCGGCCUUGGCCUUGCCUUCCAUAGAGCAGCAAGCUGAUCAGACUGACAGACAAACUGAGUUAGACACCUGGCGCUACAAAGCCAAGAACUACAUAAUGUACGUCCCAGAUGGUGCAAAUCAACAAACCCCGGCCAAGCCAGAGCUGCAGCAUCACAACACGAGGCUUAAAGCGGAGCCCUUUGACCACGUCAAGAAUAAGGAGGCUAUCACUGCUAUAGCCAAGAGCCAGGGAGCAACAGUAACAGGCAAGAUAGGCGUGGACGGCACCAGCAUUGCAGCGGAGAAGGAGUGUGAGUACCCACUCGUGGGCACCCCGAGCCCGCGCCCCGGGUCCGCGGCGGACGCGUCGCCGCUCAUGACGUGGGGGGAAAUCGAGGGCACGCCCUUCCGCCUCGACGGGGGAGACACACCUUUGCCUGCCGUGGGCGCGGGCGCCGCGUACCGCAUGCUGGAGACGGGCGCGCGCGAGCGCACGGCGCUGCGUUUGGCAGAGCGGGUCGCGCGCGCGCGCCGCCCCACCACGCCGCGCCGCCCGCCCUCCGCGCCCAGUUUCAGAACGAACACGGAACGCCUAGCCAGCAUGUCGCCGGCCGCAAGGAAAUUGGCCGCCAAGCAUCUCCUAUCGCCGCGUCUUAAACUGACCCCGCGGGACGUGGGCAUCUCCCACGGGACCCCCAAGCGGACCCCCACGAGUGGGCCCCUCGUCGCGACCCCCAACGCGAAGACCCCACAACGACCUUCCAACACUGGCAAUGUAAACAACAGUGCGAAUAUGACAGAGAAUAACAAUUUGACUGAUAAUCUACUGCAAAUCAAUUUGGCGAAAAGGACCAGGUUAAAAGCGCAGGACUUCUUCGGCUAGGUUAGUUGAAAUAAAUAUUGUUUUUUUUUUUUA